AUGGAUGCAUGGAAGCCCGAGGAGGACCGCGGAGGUGACCGCGAGCUGAAACCCACCCCACCUUUGGCUUCUUCUUCGUCUUCCUGUUCGAAGAGAAGCCAGCUGCCGGUGCAGAAACGAGUGGUGUCGGUUACCGUCGGCUCGAAGCCCCUACACGCCGGUGAGGCGUUCCCGCCGUCGGAUUCAUGGUCAUGGAGGAAGUACGGGCAGAAGCCCAUCAAAGGCUCCCCUUAUCCCAGGAGUUACUACAGGUGCAGUAGCUGCAAGGGUUGCCCGGCGAGGAAGCAGGUGGAGUGCAGCCGCCUGGACCCCACCAAGCUCAUCGUCACCUACUCCUUCGACCACAACCACCUCUGUCCCCUCCCCAGGAACGGCAGCCACCACCAGAACCGCCUACCUCCUCCGGCGCCGCCCCCCAUAGAGGAGCCAGCGCCGCCAGCUCAGUCAGGCUUCAGACCGCUCGAGUCCACGCCCGAGCAGGAGGCGAAGUACCCCGUCGUGAUCGGGAAGAACGAGCCGCUGCAGCUGGUCGACGGCGGCCGCCUCCCAUGGUUCUCCGACGUGGCUUCUGCUUCCACUACCUCGGCUGGCUCCGACGAGCUGCUCUACGGCUCCCUCCAUUUCGGUAGCGACGCGGCCACGGGAUCGAUGGCGGGGGAGAGGGAGGCUGGGCUGGGGGAGGAGUCGCUGUUCGCGGGGCUGGGGGAGCUGCCGGAGUACUCAGUGGUGCUCCGCUGGGGACUGACGUCGGGGCACACCGGGUGA